AUGAGACUUCCUUCGAUCCACCGGUCGGUAAUUCAGCUGUCUGCAACAUUUGGUACUUCACACCUUGCAUUUGGUGAGGAGACCAUAUAUGGUAUCUCAUCUAAAAGAAUUCGAGAAUUUAAUGCAGGCAUUCGCAAGAAAGUUGCAGCAGCAGCAGCAGUAAUCUCUCAGUCGCUUUCGGAAAAGGAGAAUGUGCUUGUAGUUAGAGGAACAUGGAUCAGGGAUGAUCUAACAACGAUUAAAGCAAGGUUUGACAGUCGUGGGAAGCUUGUUACUCUCCUGCAUCAUGAAAUUAAACCCAAGACAUACGUUAACAUUUCUAGUGAAUUUGACCCCAAAGCCCUCGACAGGAUUCUGAUCUGGAUUCCUUGGCUGCUGUCUCCUCCUUUGUUGGGGUCAAUCACAGGCUUGACAGUCUGGUUGUGUUCGGAUUCAGAUUCGGAUUCUGACUCCAACCCAUAUUCUGAUUCGGAUUCUGACUCCGACCCAGACUCUGAUUCAGAUUUUUGA